CGAUGACGUAUAUUGUUUCUAUGCCUCAUGCCCUCGUCCCCGGACUGCCAAUCAUGUCGUUACGCACGUCUGUAAUGCAGCAAACUAGCUGAGGGGACGGGAGCAUCGAAAGAACAGACCGCAGGUGUGCUGCGCUCGCAGCCCGGACGGGGUUGGGGAAGAUGCCUUCUCCUGCGUUCACCCUUGAUGCUCAGCUGAGAUUCCAUGAUAAAUGGCUCAAGAUAGAUCUGCAGCGGGCCUUCUCUCCUGAGGGGCUGAGUGAGAUGUGGAAUGAGAUGGUUAAAGAUGAGGAAAUAACAUUCAAUGGAGAGGAAUCUGCGCAUACAGAAGACUGCACAGACUGCUUUGGGACUCAAAAGAAGGAUGAGCCUAAUGAUAAAGAAAAGAAAGAGGAAGAUGACUCGUCAUCAUCUGUGCAUCAUUCAAUCAUCGAGACGUGGGAUUGGGGCAGGCAGCCUGAUGAAAAGGAGUUGAGGGACUGCCUGAUGGUUCUGGUAGAUGAUCAGCAGAAGCUCUCUGCCGUAAUGGCCAAGAGCACCCUGUCAGCCCAACGUCUGCGUCAGCGCCUGGUCAUCCUGGAACGCUACCUCAUCUCUCUCAGCCAUAGCAUGAUGGAGGAAAAGUUCAAGGUUCGCUGGAAGACCCCUCCUAGCCCACCACUGCCUGCUGUUGACAACAAGAGCUCUCGUCCUGCUAGCAAAAGUGUUGAAGGUUUGGCUAGGGUGGGCUCCAGGGCAGCCCUCUCUUUUGCCUUUGCUUUUCUGCGUCGGGCCUGGAGGUCAGGUGAUGAUGCAGACCUCUGCAGUGAACUUCUUCAAGAAUCUCUGGAUGCACUGCGAGCCCUCCCAGAGGCAACACUGUUUGAUGAGGGGACUGUUUCAUCUGUGUGGCUGGAGGUUGUUGAAAGGGCAACUAAGUUCCUUAGUGAUGUUCAUGGAAGUGCCAGCACCAAGGCCAAUGUUCCUCUUCAGGACCAGCACCUUGCCUUGGCCAUCCUUUUGGAGCUCGCAGUACAGAGAGGGACACUGAGUCAGCUGCUGUCUGCUGUUCUCCUACUGCUACGGCUAUGGGAAAGCAGCACAAGAGAAAUGGAUAAUGAGCGUUCCACACAGGGUACGAGUGCUCCUCUCCUGCCACUUCUGCAGCGCUUCCAGAACAUCCACAGCAGUAAAGAAGAACCGAUUCCUGAAGAAGAGACAGAGAUACUCACUGCCCCCCUGAGUCCAAACGAAAGUUUUCUGCGGUAUUUGACUUUGCCUCAGGAUAAUGACCUGGCCAUUGACCUCCACCAAACAGCUGUGGUAAUUAUGGCUCACCUGGACCGGUUGGCUUCUCCAUGCAGUCCGCCACACUGCAAUUCACCCACCACACAGAAGGGGACCCUGCAAGAGGUAAUUGCCUGGGGUCUUUUGGGCUGGAAACUUCACGCCAAUGUUAGUGGGCCCAUCCAAUGUAAAGGCCUGUCUAGUCUCGGUGUGACACAAAUAGUUGGUUCAGAGAAAGCAUUUCUCAUUCUGUCGAGCUCUGGCGCUGUUUACUCCCAAAAUUACAAGAGCACAACUCUGGCACCUUUGCUUAUCCAUGGACUUACCUCCAGAAAGAUUACAAAGCUGGCCGCUCAUCCUGAUGGACAGCAUUAUCUAGCUUUGUCAGUCAAUGGGGAGGUAUUCUCAUGGGGCUGCGGUGACGGAGGUCGUCUCGGACACGGAGACACUACAUAUUUGGAAGAGCCUACCAUGAUUGCCACAUUCAAUGGGAAACAAGCUGGGAAACAUGUAGUGCACAUUGCUUGUGGCAGCACUUAUAGUGCUGCAAUCACCGCAGAUGGCGAACUCUAUACAUGGGGCAGAGGGAACUAUGGGCGACUGGGCCAUGGGUCAAGCGAAGAUCAGACUACUCCCAUGUUGGUGACGGCAUUGAAAGGACUCAAGGUUGUAGAUGUUGCAUGUGGGAGUGGUGAUGCUCAAACACUUGCUGUAACAGAGAACGGCCAAGUGUGGUCUUGGGGGGAUGGUGACUACGGCAAAUUGGGCCGAGGAGGAAGUGAUGGUACUAAGACCCCUAAAUUGGUGGAAAAACUGCAGGAUCUGUAUACAGUUAAGGUUUGCUGUGGCAGUCAAUUUUCACUGGCUCUGUCAAAAGAUGGCCAGGUUUACACCUGGGGAAAGGGGGACAAUCAGCGCCUAGGUCAUGGCACUGAUGAGCAUGUCCGUUACCCCAAGUUAUUGGACAGUCUGCAGGGAAAAAAAGUUGUGGAUGUUGCAGUGGGAUCCACACAUUGUCUUGCCCUGACCGACGAUGGAGAGGUGCACAGUUGGGGCAGCAAUGACAAGCUGCAGCACUUUGAUACCCUGUUUUCUAACAAGAAGCAGCCAAAAGCUCUGCCAGGGCUCAAUACAAAACAUAUUGUCGGCAUUUCCUGUGGCCCCGGACAGAGCUUUGCCUGGUCCUCAAGCUCAGAGUGGUCUGUUGGACUUCGUGUACCAUUCGUUGUAGACGUGUGCACCAUGACCUUUGAACAGAUAGACCUACUUCUCCGAGAGGUCAGUGAGGGCAUGGACGGCAGCUCUGACUGGCCUCCUCCUCAGGAGAAGGAGUGUAUGGUAGUAGCCACACUUAACCUUCUCCGAUUGCAGCUCCAUGCAGCCAUUAGUAAUCAAGUGGAUCCAGAAGAGCUGGGCCUGGGCCUUGGCAGUGUGCUUCUUAACAACCUGAAACAAACAGUGGUUGUGCUUGCUAGCAAUGCUGGCGUUCUAAACACCAUACAAGCCGCUGCGCAAGCUGUUCUCCAAAGCGGUUGGUCAGUUCUUCUGCCCACUGCUGAAGAAAGGGCAAGAGCGUUGUCUUCACUGCUGCCUAAUGCUGCAUCUGGAAAUGAAAUGAGUGUGACGCCUGGGCGCCGCUUCAUGAUUGACCUCUUAGUAAGCAGCUUAAUGGCUGAUGGAGGUUUAGAAUCUGCACUGAAUGCUGCCAUCACAGCUGAGAUCCAGGAUAUUGAGGCCAAGAAGGAAGCUCAAAAAGAGAAAGAAAUUGAUGAGCAAGAAGCAAAUGCCUCUUCCAUGCACCGAUGUCGGACCAUGUUGGACAAAGAUCUCAUCAACACUGGCAUCUAUGAGUCGGCAGGAAAACAGAUCCUGCCUUUGGUGCAGCUUGUACAGCAACUCUUGAGAAAUAUUGCAUCCCAGACGAUUGCAAGACUGAAAGAUGUUGCUCACCGCAUCUCCAACUGCCUGGAGCAAGAACAUGUUAGCAAGGAGCGGUCUGCCUCUCUGGAUCUUCUGCUUCGCUUCCAGAGGCUGCUAGUUGGAAAACUCUACCUCGGCGUUAAUGGAACAGAUGGAUACAAUCCUGAGCUGCUUGGUGUUGGAUCCCUGUUAAAAAAGUACAUCGCUUUGCUGUGUACUCACAUUGGAGACAUCUUGCCAGUAGCAACCAGUAUUGCCUUGACUGGUUGCCGCCAUUUUGCUGAAGUAUCUUGUGUCAUAGAAGGAGAUCUGACAGGGGUGCUCCUGCCUGAGCUGGUGGUGUCCAUUGUCCUCCUCCUCACCAUUGACGCCGGCCUGAUGCAAGAGACUGGCUCAAUACCUCUGCUUGCCGGACUCCUGGAACAUCUUGACAGGUUUAACCACUUGGCUCCAGGCCAUGAACGGGAUGACAACGAGGACCUUGCCUGGCCAGGCAUUAUGGGAUCUUUCUUCACUGGCCAAAGUUCAAAAAACAAUGAGGAAAUAUCCCUCAUCCGCAAGGCUGACCUGGAGAAUCACAAUAAAGAUGGAGGUUUCUGGACUGUGAUUGAAGGAAAGGUCUAUGACAUCAAGGACUUCCAGGCUCAGUCACAGUCAAUGACUGGGAAUAGCAUUCUGGCUCAAUUUGCUGGAGAAGACCCAGUUGUUGCUCUGGAAGCUGCCCUGCAGUUUGAAGUGACAAAAGAGUCCAUGCAGGCAUUUUGUGUUGGCCAUUAUAUGGAGCCCAACCAAGAAACAAUUACCACUCCUGACCUCAGCAGUUUGUCAUCCCCUCUCAUUGACACGGAGAGGAACUUGGGGCUGUUGCUAGGCCUUCACGCUUCCUACCUGGCCAAGAGCAGUCCACUGUCUCCCAUGGAGAUUGAAUGUGCCAAAUGGCUUCAGUCGUCUAUAUUCUCUGGUGGUCUGCAAACCAGCCAGAUUCACUACAACUACAAUGAAGAGAAGGAUGAAGAUCACUGUAGCUCAUUGGGAACCACUACUCCAGACAAAGCCAAACUCUACUCUCGCAGACUCACUCUCAGUGAUCAUGCCCAACCUUUCCUGCAGGCAAUUGCUGACAACAACACCCAGGACCACGCUGUAAAGGAUUUUCUCUGCCAAAUUGAACGUUGCUGUAAGCAGUAUCAUCUCAUAACACCCAUCUCUUUUCCCCCUGAACACCCUGUGGAGGAAGUGGGCCGCCUGCUGCUCUGCUGCUUGCUUAAACAUCAAGAUCUUGGUCAUGUUGCUCUCUCCUUAGUCAGUCAAUGUGCCUUGGGUGUGGACCAAGGGAAACAGAGGUCCCUUCCCAAAUCUGUGAUUGAUGUUUGCCGUAUGGUCUAUCGAGCCAAGUGCUCUUUAAUAAAGACUCAUCAAGAACAAGGUCGUUCUUACAAGGAGGUUUGCGCUCCGGUCAUUGAGCGUCUACGCUUUCUGUUUAACGAACUGCGUCCGGCUGUAAGUAAUGACCUUUCCAUCGUAUCCAAAUUAAAGUUGCUGAGCUCACAGCCACGAUGGAGAAGAAUCACACAGAAGCUCAUCAGGGACCGGAGGAAAAAGAGAGUGCCUAAAAAGUCUGAGUCUGCUGACAUUGAAGAGCCAAAGUUAGAGAUGGAAGGGACCAUUGAAGAGGAGCUUGAUGUUAACAUUAGUCCGACGCCUACAGAUAGAAAAUCUCCCACAAGCAAAACAGCCAAGCAAGACAAAUGGCAGCCACUUCUUCACACGGUGGCCAGUGUCCAGAAAUACCGCUGGCUGAAGCACAGUGCUCAUGGCAUGUUUUCCCAGUCCAGCCUCAUGACCACCAUUGUGGAUUUUGCAUUGAAAGAAGAACCCCUGGAUGUGGAGAAGAUGAGAAAGUGUCUUCUUAAACAGUUGGAGAGGGCUGAAGUGAGGCUGGAGGGAAUCGACACAAUGCUUAAGUUGGCCUCCAAAAACUUCCUGCUGCCCUCUGUGCAGUACUCAAUGCUUUGUGGUUGGCAGAGAGUCAUACCAGAGGGGACAAUGAUUGGAGAGCCUCUCUCAGACUGUUUGAAAGAUGUCGAUCUCAUUCCACCAUUCAACCGCAUGCUUUUGGAGGUAACAUUUGGCAAGCUAUACUCCUGGGCUAUUCAGAACAUCCGCAAUAUCCUCCUGGAAGCUGGAGCCCAUUUUAAAGAGCUUGGUGUCCAACCAGUUCCUUUGCAAACUAUCACCAAUGAGAACCCAGCAGGUCCAAGUCUCGGAACCAUUCCUCAGGCACGCUUUCUUUUGUCCAUGAUACAUAUGCUGUCUCUUAAACAUGGGGCAAACAGUCUGAGUCUUUUGCUCAAUUCGGGAAUUUUGGCCCUGACGCAGAGCAUACUCAGGCUUGUUGGGCCAAGUACAGACAAUAAUGAUGAGGACUUAAGUUUAUCAGCACAUGGGGGCUCAGCCACUGUACUAGAAGAGUCUAGAAAAGAAGCCGCACCUGCCCCUUUACCUGCCUCUGGCCCAGAGCUUGCAGCUAUGAUGAAAAUUGGAACCAGGGUCAUGAGGGGUGUUGACUGGAAAUGGGGAGAUCAGGACGGCCCUGCACCUGGUCUUGGUCGUGUCAUCGGAGAACUUGGUGAGGACGGUUGGAUAAGGGUGCAGUGGGAUACAAGUAGUACAAACUCCUACAGGAUGGGCAAAGAGGGAAAGUAUGACCUUAAACUGGCAGAGCCACCACCGGCCUCUCAGCCUCCUACUGAGGAUUCGGACACAGAGGACGACACUGAGGGCGAAUUGAUUGAGAAAAGCAGCCACCCAACAGCCAUGAUGUUGACUAGCACUGUCAAUUUGCUGAAGACCUUAUCUCUGUCAUCUGGGAUUUAUGCGGAGGUCCUACAGACAGAUGCUACACGCACACUCUGCGGUCUUCUGAGGAUGCUCGUAGAAAGUGGAGCUUCUGACAAAGCGGGCUGUCACUCUCACAGGCUUGUGUCUUUGGAGCAACACAGGAACUGGUGCACACUUGGUUUUAUAAGGAGCAUUGCCCUAAUGCCUCACAUGUGCAGUCACCUCAGCACAUCUGCAUGGAUCAGUCUGCUCAUUCGAAUCGUCGAAGGACAUCAAUCCUUCAAUGCCAUCACUCUGCAGAGACAGAUUCUGGCACUCCGUCUCCUGCAAGCAGUGCUGCCUUCUUGGGACAAGAUGGAGCGCUCUCAGGACAUGAAGUUUCUAGUGGAGAAGCUGUUCAGCUUUUUGGGAAGUCUGCUGAGCACAUGCUCUUCUGACCUUCCACUCCUCCGAGACACUUCCCUAAGGAGGAGAAAGUCCCGCCCCCAGGCAUCCUUGACUGCUACCCACAGCAGCACACUAGCUGAGGAAAUUGUUGGUGUUUUGCGUACUUUGCACUCUCUUGGGCAGUGGAACAGCUUGAUAAAUGAGUACAUCAACACCCAGCUAAGUUCAGUUGGAGACGUUAUGGCAAGUUGCCAAUCAGAAGCUUGUUUCCUGGAGGAGUAUUUUCCUGAUUCGGAUGGUCCUAGUGUGGGCAGUCUAAUGGCGGUGCUUGCUGUUAUUGGUGGCAUUGAUGGUCGCCUCAGGCUUGGAGGUCAGGUGGUUCAUGAAGAGUAUGGAGAGGGAACAGUGACACGCAUUACACCUAAAGGUCGCAUUACAGUCCAGUUUCAUGAGAUGAGGACCUGCAGGGUGUGCUUGCUCAGCCACCUCAAGCCGAUUUCUGCAGUACCAUUUAGUGUGCAGAACCUUCCAUUCUCUGAGCCUAUACUGGCAAUCUGGGCUCAGUUGGUCAGCCUUGCUGGGAGUAAACUGGAGAAACAGCGGAUGAAAAAAUCAAUCAGUAGAGGGUUAACUGCUGACCAGGUGGACAUCCAUUUGUUGAGAUGUCAGCAGCUCAGACUUUACAUCUUAAAGGCUGCACGGGCAUUGCUUUCACACCAAGACAAACUCAGACAGAUCCUUUCCCAGCCAGCACUUGUUGAUCUGUGUCCCAACCCCAGUGAGGAAGCUGUGGUGUCUUCACCAGAUGUUGGGGAUCUAUCCCCUGAAGGUCCACUUCCACCAUUGAUUCUUCUGCAACAGCUGCUUUCAGCUGCCACUCAACCUUCUCCUAUUAAAGCCAUAUUUGAUAGGCAAGAAAUGGAGGCAGCAGCUCUUGCAGUAUGCCAGUAUUUGGCUGUGGAAUCUGCACAUCCAUCCUCCCCUAUCUUUGAGGAAAGCAGUUCCAGUGAGGCCACCACUCCUGUUACUGUGCAGCAUGUCAGACCACCCAAACAGAAGAAGCAGAAGACCUCCCCUGUACCUCCUUUGCCCAUCGUUGUGCAGCUCAUGGAAAUGGGCUUCCCCCGUAAAAAUAUUGAGUUUGCUUUGAAGUCGCUCUCUGGAACAACAGGCACUGCCUCCAGUGUUCCUGGUGUUGAGGCUUUGGUAAGCUGGCUCCUCGACCAUCCAGACGUCCAUGUCUCUGAGUUGUCUGAUGGAGAUACGGUAUCAGAUGAGUACUCUGAUGAGGAGGUGAUGGAAGAGCUGGAGGAGGCUGAGCCGACUUUCCUUUUGCCACCUGGUGCUGUGGUGACUGAAAGCCAGACUUUUAAGAAGCGGACUGACUUCCAGACAAAUGACGAUUAUGCUGUUUAUGUGAGAGAAAACAUUCAGGUGGGGAUGAUGGUGAAGUGCUGUAGGACGUAUGAGGAAGUGUAUGAUGGAGACGUGGGUAAAGUCAUUAAAUUGGACAGAGAUGGGCUUCAUGAUUUGAAUGUGCAAUGCGACUGGCAGCAAAAAGGUGGCUCGUAUUGGGUCCGUUACAUACACAUCGAGCUACUUGGGAAGCCUCAGGGCUCACUUUCACAUAUCAAGAUUGGUGACAAAGUAAGAGUUAAACCAACAGUCACAACACCAAAAUACAAAUGGGGCUCGGUCACACACCGUAGUGUUGGUGUUGUAAAAGCCUUCAGUGCAAAUGGAAAAGAUGUGAUUGUUGACUUCCCUCAGCAAUCUCACUGGACAGGCUUGUUGUCUGAGAUGGAGCUGGUUCCCAGUGUUCACCCUGGGGUCAGAUGUGAUGGAUGCCAGAUGUUCCCUAUAAACGGGGCAAGGUUCAAAUGUAGGAACUGCGAUGACUUUGACUUCUGCGAAAACUGCUUUAAGACUCGCAAGCACAACACUCGACAUCCAUUUGGUAGAAUCAAUGAGCCUGGCCAGUCACCAGCUUUCUGUGGCCGAUCUGGGAAACAACUCAAGAAGCACCACAACAACCAGCGUGGAAUGCUAAUUGAUGAUUGGUCCCGUGCAGUCAAAAGUCUAAACGUGUCAUCUUCGGUCAACCAGGCAUCUCGCCUGAUUGACUGCAGUGAUCAGUGCUGGCAGUCGUCUGGUUCUCAGGGAAAGCAUUGGAUUCGCUUGGAGCUCUUUCCUGAUGUUCUAGUGCACCGACUAAAAAUGGUUGUUGACCCAGCAGACAGCAGCUACAUGCCCUCACUUGUGGUGGUAUCAGGUGGUAACUCGUUGAAUAACUUAAUUGAGUUGAAAACAAUUAACAUCAACCCGACAGACACCACUGUUCUUCUACUUAGUGACAGCACAGAGUAUCACAGAUACAUUGAGAUUGCAAUCAAGCAAUGCCGUAGUUCUGGUAUAGAUUGCAAAAUUCAUGGGCUCAACAUUGUCGGACGUGUUAGAGCGGAGGAUGAAGACUUGGCCACUGUCCCUUUUCUGGCUUCUGACAACGAGGAAGAAGACGAUGACAAAACAACCACUGGGAGUCUCGCUAGAAAGAAAUCCUCAGGAUUAGAGUCAGCUGCUACCAUCAGGACAAAAGUAUUUGUGUGGGGGCUGAAUGACAAAGACCAACUGGGCGGACUCAAAGGUUCCAAGAUCAAGGUGCCAUCCUUCUCUGAAACACUCUCAGCACUCAAUGUCAUACAAGUGGCUGGAGGCUCAAAAAGCCUUUUUGCGGUUACUGUUGAAGGGAAGAUCUAUGCAUGUGGCGAAGCCACCAAUGGCAGACUGGGCCUGGGUUUGUCCAGUGGGACCAUUCCAAUACCACGUCAGAUCACAGCCCUCAGUAACUAUGUUGUCAAAAAAGUUGCGGUGCAUUCCGGUGGGCGACAUGCCAUGGCCUUGACCGUUGAUGGAAAAGUUUUCUCCUGGGGAGAAGGAGAUGAUGGAAAACUUGGACACUUCAGUAGAAUGAACUGCGACAAGCCCCGAUUAAUUGAAGCUCUCAAGACGAAGCGCAUCCGUGACAUCGCUUGUGGCAGUUCACACAGUGCAGCCAUUACAUCCAGCGGAGAGCUCUACAGUUGGGGCUUGGGGGAAUAUGGCCGCUUAGGGCAUGGUGACAACACGACUCAGCUGAGGCCCAAGCUGGUGAAGGUUCUUCUGGGACACCGUGUGAUCCAGGUGGCUUGUGGAAGCAGGGAUGCUCAAACUUUAGCAUUAACUGAUGAAGGGCUGGUGUUCUCUUGGGGUGAUGGUGACUUUGGGAAGCUUGGUAGGGGAGGUAGUGAAGGAUGCAAUAUCCCCCAGAACAUCGAGAGGCUCAAUGGGCAGGGGGUCUGCCAAAUUGAGUGUGGUGCUCAGUUCUCAUUAGCACUUACAAAAUCUGGAGUGGUGUGGACCUGGGGCAAAGGUGACUAUUUCCGCCUUGGUCAUGGCACCGAUGUUCAUGUACGUAAACCUCAGAUGGUUGAAGGACUCCGAGGAAAGAAGAUUGUUCAUGUGGCUGUUGGAGCGCUGCACUGUUUGGCUGUUACAGAAACUGGACAGGUAUAUGCAUGGGGUGACAAUGAUCAUGGGCAACAAGGCAACGGCACCACCACAGUCAACAGAAAACCUACCCUGGUGCAAGGCCUUGAGGGGCAGAAGAUCACCAGAGUGGCCUGUGGAUCCUCGCACAGUGUAGCCUGGACCACUGUGGAUGUCACUACACCUUCAGUUCAUGAGCCAGUCCUAUUCCAAACAGCAAGAGACUCAUUGGGAGCGUCUUAUUUGGGUGUCCAAUCCGACAGUGAUUCAUCCACGGUUAGCAACAAGAUCAAUGGACAGAACAAUGCAAAGCCUAAUCGACCCUCACUGGCUAAGAUUCUCCUCAGUCUUGAUGGUAACCUGGCCAAACAACAAGCCUUGUCUCAUGUCUUGUCAGCCCUUCAAAUCAUUUAUGCCAGGGAUGCUGUUGUUGGUGCUCUGAUGCCUGCCAGCAUGAUUCUUCCAGCGGAGUGCCCUUCUAGCUCUCCAGUGCCCCCAUCAGAGUCUUCCUCAUCAUCCACCGUCAGUGAGGAGGAGCCCCCUCCUGUGCUACCAGAGACAGAGGAACGUGUCAGCCCUAAUCCCUGGCAAGACAAGAAGGGAGAGUUUACUGUGUGUGUGCAGAUCCCGCCAUCUGAGGAAGCAGUCACCCCUUCGUCUGCAGUGACUCCUUCUUCCUCUUGUGCUUCUGCCCGUCCUUUCAUUCCAGUCACGGAUGACCCAGGAGCAGCAAGCAUUAUAGCUGAGACUAUGACCAAAACAAAAGAGGACUCUGAGAACCAAAGUAAAGUUGUGGGUCCCGAGCCUCAGUAUCUAGAUGAGUUCACUAGCCUGCUGGUACCGGAUGAUACCAGAGUAAUGGUGGACUUGCUCAAACUGGCUGUGUCUUGUCGGGCUGGUGAGAAGGGGAAAGAGGUGUUGUCGGCUGUGCUGUCUGGAAUGGGAACUGCCUAUCCCCAGGUUGCCGACAUGCUGCUGGAGUUGUGUGUUACUGAACUGGAGGACGUCGCCACCGACUCCCAGAGUGGACGUCUAUCCUCCCAACCUGUUGUUGUGGAAAGUAGCCACCCAUACACAGACGACACGUCCACGAGUGGCACAGUCAAGAUCCCAGGUGCGGAAGGUCUCAGAAUAGAAUUUGACCGGCAGUGUUCUACUGAGAGACGUCAUGACCCACUUACAGUCAUGGAUGGCGCAAAUAGAAUUGUCUCUGUCAGAUCAGGGCGUGAAUGGUCAGAUUGGUCCAGCGAAUUAAGAAUCCCAGGAGAUGAGCUCAAGUGGAAGUUCACAAGCGAUGGAUCAGUUAAUGGUUGGGGCUGGCGCUUCACUGUCUACCCAAUCAUGCCUGCUGCUGGUCCCAAAGACUUGUUGUCUGACCGUUGCAUACUUUCCUGUCCAUCAAUGGACCUUGUUACAUGUCUUCUGGACUUCAGACUGAGCUUCGCCUCCAAUCGAAGUAUCGUUCCCCGUCUAGCAGCGUCUCUUGCUGCUUGUGCCCAGUUGAGUGCAUUAGCUGCAGGGCACAGAAUGUGGGCCCUGCAGAGACUACGGAAGCUUCUGACCACUGAAUUCGGUCAGUCCAUCAAUAUCAACCGACUGCUGGGAGACAGUGAGGGCGAGUCUCGUUCAAUGAGUUUCACAGGAAGCGCACUGGCAGCUCUAGUGAAGGGGCUUCCUGAGGCUCUGCAAAGGCAAUAUGAAUAUGAAGACCCUGUGGUCAGAGGAGGAAAACAACUGCUUCAUAGUCCAUUUUUCAAGGUUUUAGUUGCUUUAGCCUGUGAUCUUGAACUUGAUACCCUGCCAUGUUGCGCUGAAACACACAAGUGGGCUUGGUUCCGUCGCUACUGUACUGCGUCUCGGGUGGCCGUUGCUCUUGACAAAAGGACGUCACUACCGAGACUCUUUUUGGAUGAGGUGACAAAGAAAAUCCGUGAGCUCAUGGCAGAUCACGAGACCAUGAGCAAUCUUCAUGAGAGUCAUGAUCUGUUCAAGCGAGAACACGAUGAGCAGCUGGUACAGUGGAUGAACCGACGGCCAGAUGACUGGACACUCUCUGCAGGGGGCAGUGGGACCAUCUAUGGCUGGGGCCACAAUCACAGAGGCCAGCUUGGGGGUAUUGAGGGUGCAAAGGUCAAAGGACCAACCCCAACUGAAGCCCUCGCUACAUUACGGCCAGUGCAGCUAAUUGGAGGAGAGCAGACACUUUUUGCUGUGACUGCUGAUGGGAAGUUAUAUGCAACCGGAUAUGGAGCUGGAGGCAGAUUGGGUAUUGGUGGGACAGAGUCUGUCUCAACCCCGACUUUGUUGGAGUCCAUCCAACACGUCUUUAUCAGGAAAGUGGCGGUGAACUCUGGUGGAAAGCACUGCCUGGCUCUGUCCUCUGAGGGCGAGGUUUAUUCAUGGGGAGAAGCUGAGGAUGGGAAACUUGGCCAUGGGAACAGAAGCCCCUGUGAUCGUCCUCGUGUAAUCGAGUCCCUUAGGGGUGUUGAAGUGGUGGAUAUUGCAGCAGGUGGUGCUCACAGUGCUUGCAUCACUGCCAGUGGAGAGCUCUUCACCUGGGGUAAGGGACGGUAUGGUCGACUGGGCCAUGGCGAUAGUGAGGAUCAGCUGAAACCAAAACUGGUGGAUGCUCUCCAGGGUCACAGAGUCAUCGAUGUAGCCUGUGGCAGUGGUGAUGCCCAAACGCUGUGUCUCACAGAUGAUGAUAUGGUGUGGUCCUGGGGAGAUGGAGACUACGGCAAAUUGGGAAGGGGAGGAAGUGAUGGUUGCAAGGUGCCAAUGAAGAUUGACUCACUCACUGGUCUUGGUGUUGUCAAAGUGGAGUGUGGUUCUCAGUUUUCUGUGGCCCUCACUAAGUCUGGGGCUGUUUACACAUGGGGUAAAGGUGACUAUCAUCGCCUUGGCCACGGCUCUGAUGACCAUGUUCGAAGACCCAGGCAGGUCCAGGGUCUGCAGGGAAAGAAGGUCAUUGCCAUCGCCACUGGGUCCUUACACUGUGUCUGCUGCACAGAAGAUGGUGAAGUGUACACAUGGGGUGACAACGAUGAGGGUCAGUUGGGAGAUGGGACCACGAAUGCCAUACAGAGACCUCGGUUGGUAGCUGCUCUUCAAGGGAAGAAGAUCAAUCGAGUUGCUUGCGGAUCUGCUCACACACUCGCUUGGUCCACUAGCAAACCCACAAAUGCCGGAAAACUUCCUGCACAGGUACCCAUGGAGUACAAUCACCUCCAGGAAAUUCCGAUCAUGGCACUGAGAAAUAGACUGCUUCUGCUGCACCACAUCUCUGAGCUUUUUUGCCCGUGCAUACCUAUGUUUGAUCUGGAAGGUCGGCUGGGCCAGACAGGCCAGGGUCCCUCAUUAGGUUUCGACACACUCAGGGGAAUCCUCAUCUCGCAGGGAAAGGAAGCUGCAUUCAGGAAGGUUGUGCAAGCCACCAUGGUGAGGGACAGGCAGCAUGGCCCAGUGGUUGAGCUGAACAGGAUACAGGUGAAGCGUUCUCGGAGCAAAGGAGGCCUUGCAGGUCCUGAUGGUACCAAGUCAGUGUUUGGACAGAUGUGUGCCAAAAUGAGUUCAUUCAGUCCAGACAGUCUUCUGCUUCCUCAUCGAGUUUGGAAAGUCAAAUUUGUUGGCGAGUCUGUGGAUGACUGUGGUGGGGGCUACAGUGAGUCCAUUGCUGAAAUGUGUGAGGAGCUGCAGAACACCCUGACCCCGCUGCUCAUUGUUACCCCCAACGGCAGAGACGAGUCUGGCGCCAACCGAGACUGUUUCCUGCUCAACCCAGCUGCCAAGUCCCCUCUUCACAUGAGCAUGUUCCGCUUUCUAGGAGUCCUCCUUGGUAUUGCAAUCCGUACUGGAAGUCCACUCAGUCUGAAUUUGGCAGAGCCCGUCUGGAAACAACUGGCAGGCAUGAACCUGACCAUUGCUGACCUCAGUGAGGUUGAUAAAGAUUUUAUUCCUGGUCUCAUGUACAUCCGGGACAACGAGGCCACGUCUGAGGAGUUUGAGGCCAUGACACUUCCAUUUACUGUGCCCAACGCCAGCGGGCAGGACAUCCAGCUGAGCUCCAAGUAUUCCCACAUCACCCUGGAGAACCGUGCUGAAUAUGUCCGCCUGGCUAUUAAUUACAGGCUCCACGAGUUCGAUGAGCAAGUAUCUGCAGUCCGUGAGGGAAUGGCUCGAGUUGUUCCAGUUCCAUUGCUGUCCCUUUUUACUGGUUAUGAACUGGAGACAAUGGUGUGUGGGAGCCCAGACAUCCCGCUGCACUUGCUCAAGUCAGUUGCCACCUAUAAGGGUGUGGAACCUGCAGCACCUCUCAUUCAAUGGUUCUGGGAAGUGAUGGAGUCCUUCUCCAACACUGAGAGGUCGCUGUUCCUGAGGUUCGUCUGGGGGCGAACCCGUCUGCCACGAACCAUUGCUGACUUUAGGGGCAGAGAUUUUGUUGUGCAGGUGCUGGACAAGUACAAUCCCCCUGACCACUUCCUGCCAGAGUCCUACACGUGUUUCUUCCUGCUGAAGUUGCCCAGGUACUCCUGUAAGCAGGUUCUGGAGGAGAAGCUCAAGUACGCCAUUCACUUCUGCAAGUCUAUUGACACUGACGACUACGCUCGUAUUGCACUGACUGGUGAGCCGGCUGCAGACGACAGCAGCGAGGACUCCGAUAAUGAAGACGCUGACUCGUUUGCCUCAGACUCCACCCAGGACUACCUGACCGGACACUAAAGCUUGACCUUUGAGACGAACUGCAGGAAAUGUUAGGUGCUGCCACAGAGACUGUUCAAAUGUCACAAAUAUACAGUCACACAAACAAGCUAUGGCAACAACAAAAACAGCUGUGUGAAUAUGUUAAAGGAACUUUAAGUGUAAUAAGCUGAAGGAAAAAUAAUCACAAGUUUGCAUUUAUUUAGUUUAUUUGAAGGUGCUGGAGACUUCCCUGCACAUGUGACUGUGCUCUGAGGAAUAUGUAAAUUAUAUAUACAUUUAGUUAGAGUUACUAAUGCUCCACCCUUGCACUGUGGUACACGUGUCAAUCAAUAGUUUGUAAAUAGAAAUUCGACGGAACCGUAUUAUCGACUUUUUAUUUUGUGACAACUGUGUUUCUUUAUAUGAAAAACAAACAUCUUAAAGAGUACUGUUCAGCUCACGUGUCCGAGCCUACAGGAUUCUCAAGGAAUUCAGGACCUCCCCCCUCUACUGUCUGUCACCUUAGAGAAUGUACAUAAAUGAUUGUGCCAUGUAUUCACAGAAGGUCUCCUUCCUGCAUAAUAAAUGUUGAUACUUGUGGCGA